AUGGAUUCAUUGUCACUCAACCGAGCGGCUCUAGAUGAGUUCGUCACUACCCGAGUCACUCGGGAAAUGGUGUCACACCUGGCUCAACAAGCAGCCCAGGUCAUUCGCUGUGAGGCCCAUGUGACCAACACCGUCAACCAGAAUGGUCAACCUACACCACCAUCCACUCCUCCAAUGGAACCCUCUAACCUGCCUGACCUCCCCUCAAUCGAGGCUUUUAUCGCCUCACUUGUCGCUCGGUCGCAGGUGCAGGUGCCCACUCUCAUGAGCUGUCUCGUAUACCUCGGUCGUCUUCGUUCGCGUCUACCACCAGUCGCAAAGGGCAUGCGCUGCACUGUCCACCGCAUCUUCCUCGCCUCACUCAUCAUUGCUGCCAAGAACCUCAACGACUCGAGCCCCAAGAACAAACACUGGGCCCGUUACACCGCAGUCAAGGGAUUCGAAAGCUUCGGCUUCUCCCUCCCCGAGGUCAACCUCAUGGAACGCCAGCUCCUCUUCCUACUCGAUUGGGACUUGCGCAUCAGCGAGCAGGACCUUUUCACCUACCUCGAGCCUUUCCUGGUCCCCCACCGCCAGCGUCUCAUCGCCCAAGAGCAAGAUCGUCUCGCCGAAGAAGAAUACCGCCACAAACAACAACAACACCGCGAAUGGCGCCGUCUCCACGCAUCAGCCGAUCUGCUAGCCAGUCGUCUCCGCCGCCAAAAGCUCGAAGCCCGCGGCGAGACCCGUCGCGCAAAUGACAACUCCCUCCGCCGUCUCCCCAGCCACGUCUCAUGCCCAACAAUUAACACCCACUACGAACCACCGCAUGUUGCAGAGCACGAUCGCUACAACCCUUACCAGCGUCAGCGUGCAUCCCCCAGCAGAAUCAACCGCUCCAUCUCCCCACCAUCCGUCCGCGACGUGCCACCCCUCUCCCACGCCGAGACAUUCAACUCUCUCUGCUCGCGCUCCUCUAGCCUCGCACCAAGCUCAAGAGGAACCCCGGCUUCCAUCAGCACGGUUUCUUCCCACGGUGCCGACGACCUCAUGCUCUCGGAUACCUCCCGCAGCCCAGCUUCCCUCUCUCUGAACUACGGCUACGUCAACGUCCCCUACGUCGAAUCCAAGAAGUCCUUCGAACCUACCCGCCAGCCGUCCAAGAAGCUGAAGACCAGUAGCCACGCACACAGCGGUGGCUUCGUGGCUCGCUUCCUGGCUUCCGCAACGGGCUCUUACAUGGGUGGUCGUCGAUCUCACUAA